UUGUUCCGCAGCCUUAGCGACGCCAAAGAUCAAGUAUUUUCGUGGAGCUGGAUUUGCCAUCCAAUACGCAAACUUUUUACUUCUAAGUGAGGGUAAGUGGUGUUCAAAUAUGGCCAGUGAAGCUGAAAGAGAUGCAGGUAAUGGUGCCAGACCAAGCCCUAGUGGUUCUGUCAUGAGAGUAGAGACAGCUGGAGGGAAUAAGAUAGAGAUUAAUGAUGUUUGGACAACUAGAAUAUUGGUGACCGCCGUCUCUGGGACUGGAAUUUACGUGGUAAAAAGUUUAGUAACUUUUUUCCGUGAGAAUCCAAAAUUGGUUACAGAUGUAGUAAAAUGGGCUUUUAAAGGUUGGGGUGAAGCCACAGUCAAGCCUGGGUCAAUUAUUGUUGACUUGGAUUUUGGAUCACAGGAGAAAUUUUUAAAGUUUAAAGAAGACUUUAAGGAUGGAAAAGUUAAAGAUGCAUUGGAGAGAGGGUUAGGAGAAAUUGGCUACAAUGCCAAACUGGAAUUAAAACUCAUAAAGGAAACUCCCAAUGUGGCUGCAGUCGAAAUGAGCAAAGAAACUGUGAUACGAGAGACCAAGAAAGUUUCAAUUGCAUAUUGCAAUCCUAGAGUUGUGUCCCAUGGAGAAAGGAAAAAAGAAAAAGAGAGUGAUCAGAAAGCCGAAGUAAAAGAGAAUCCAGAAGGGACAGACAACCCAGCUAAAGAAGACAUUCAGUCACCCUCUCAAAAGCGUAAAGAAGCUUCUGGUUCCAAUGAAGCUAAGCAAAAGGAAGAAAAUGUUUCAGCUGCGAAAAAACUUAAACUUGACACUACUGGACAACCUGGAACUUCUGGGGUAUCCAGCACUAGUAAGACAAGGAAAAUUAAGGAGGAAGUAGUAACUGAUGAUGACAUUGAAACACUUGGCAAAGCUAUUGGUGGCAAGUGGGCUCAACUGGCACGUCGACUACUAAUUAAGAGGGAGGACAUAGAAGGAAUCGAUGACAGAUUUAAGACUUUGGCAGACAAGGGAUUUCAUAUACUGGAACUGUGGAAAUCAAACAAUGGGGAAGCUGCAGACUAUAAGACUUUGUAUGAUGCAUUAGUCCACAAUUUGGUACAGCGGAGAGACUUAGCAGAAAAGUAUUGUUUUCAAUGAUAAUAUCUCUUUGAUAUUACUCAUACCAAAGCCUGGCAGUUAGUUUAAAAACAGACGGCCACUAGGUGGAAAGUAGAGAUAACUUUGCUAGUUACCAGUAAAUUCCAGUUGACUAUUAAUUUUAAGAAUCUAGUGAUUAAUUUAACCUUGAUUUACAGCCUUUUAACCAUAGCCUUUUUACACCAUUUUUGGUGUUAAUAAUGGUAAUUGAACUAAAAGGAGUGCAAUUUUGGUGGCAAUCAUAUGUGUGAUUUCAAAAUUGAAUGAGCAUGAGUUCAAUUUGAAAUCACAAGUAUGAUUUCAGACCAAAAUUGCAUGACAUGAGGUUCAAUUACCACUUCAUUACAUCCAUUUUAAAAUCACCCAAAUACAGGACUUGGUCCAUUCUUAUUGAUGCAGUACUGAGCUGGUUUGAAUUUAAAUUCAUCCAUUUUUGGAAACAAAUGUUGCAAAAUUUGCCACAUGAUACUCUUUGUCUUUCAUUUUCCUGCAAUUUGAUUGGUUACUUUAAACAAGCCUUGAAAUCUGAUUGGUUGUUUUGUUUUUUGGUGUGACCUGCCCACUGGCUGGGAAAAAGAUGUAAUUUAAAGCAAAAAAAAGGUGCGAUUUGUGAAUAAAUUGCACCAAUUAGAGCCAAUCAGAUUACAGGGACAGCCAGUGAUUUCAAAAUGGUUGUAAUAAAGCUGAAUAUUGCAUAUGCAUUUGAAUGGAUCUAUCGGAGGACAGACUCGUAUAUAAAGUAAGAGUAUUUCAGAUAAACUAAGCAGUCUAAGUUUUUUUUAAUGUAGACCACUAUUUAUAGUUUUUAAAAAUAAAAACAGAACUGUAUGUUUAGAGCAUUUUGGUUAGUGAUUAAAGUAGGGUUUUUAGAUCCGCGUUUUUCAUGAUUGAGGGACACAACAUAUGCAGUCGAUCGUCAUUGGUAAUCUCAGCCCUAAUUUGUUCCAUUAUAAAUCGGGCAUGACGAUAAUGUUAUUUGCCAUGGUAGUAUCAUAGUUAAUAAGUCUUUGCUUAGCAGCUGUCUUGUAUGAAAUAUAAUGGAAUAUUUACCCGGUUAUGAAAUACAUGGAGUAUAUUCACUUUGAACAUUCAAGGUGUGGUGUUCCAAAACGUG